AUGCCUGCCCACCCACGCAGGAACGCCAUCGACCGUCUAGUGCGGCAGAAGGAUGGGAAGCUGAAGCUGAGGAGGCAGCUGGACAAGCCCGUGGUGCUGGUGCUGGGCACUGGCUGGGGUGCGCAGUCGCUCAUCAAGGUCAUUGACACGGACUUGUACGAAGUGAUCUGCGUGAGCCCCCGCAACCACUUCAUAUUCACACCCAUGCUGCCCUCUACCGCCGUCGGCACAAUUGAGUUCCGCAGCCUGCUGGAGCCCAUCCGCAACUGCAACCCCUUUGCAACAUACUUUGAGGCGACGUGUGACGCAAUCGACCCUGAUAAAAAGGUGGCGCGCUGCACCGGCGCGGUGGCGUUCAGGGACGGCCGCCGCCCCGAGUUUGAGGUGGAAUACGACACUCUGGUGGUGGCGGUGGGGGAGCAGCCUUCAACGUUCGGCGUCCCCGGUGUGGCGGAGCACGCGUUUUUUAUGAAGGAGAUCACAGACGCGGUGAAGCUGAGGAGGCGCACCCAGGAGGUGUUUGAACUGGCCGCGCUGCCAGGCACCAGCGAGGAGGACCGCGCGCGCCUGCUGCACUUUGUGGUGGUGGGAGGCGGCCCCACCGGCGUAGAGUUUGCAGGUGCACAAGCGGCCAGGGCCCCAUGGCCAGGGCGAUUUUUGCUGCAGCCCUGGACGCGAUUCGAGGCUGAUUUCCACCAGCUGCUCGGCAGCUUCGCCAUCCAAAGCGGACACGAGUUUCGUAGCGCAAUCCACCCGUAUCCUGCCGUGGCAGCGCACAGCACGGCACGUUGA